AUGGAGCUACUGUCCACCCCCCACAGCAUUGAGAUCAACAACAUCACUUGCGAUUCCUUCCGCAUCUCCUGGGCCAUGGAGGACAGUGACCUGGAGAGAGUCACCCACUACUUCAUUGACCUCAACAAGAAGGAGAACAAGAAUUCCAACAAGUUCAAGCACCGGGAUGUCCCUACCAAGCUUGUGGCCAAGGCAGUGCCACUACCCAUGACGGUGAGAGGUCAUUGGUUCCUGAGCCCCCGUACAGAAUACAGUGUGGCUGUGCAGACGGCGGUGAAGCAGAGCGACGGCGAGUACCUGGUCUCGGGCUGGAGCGAGACAGUGGAGUUCUGCACUGGGGAUUAUGCUAAGGAGCACCUGGCCCAGCUGCAGGAGAAAGCUGAGCAGAUCGCUGGACGAAUGCUGCGCUUCUCCGUUUUCUACCGCAACCAUCACAAGGAGUACUUCCAGCAUGCCAGGACCCACUGUGGGAACAUGCUUCAGCCCUACCUGAAGGACAACAGUGGCAGCCACGGCUCCCCCACCAGCGGCAUGCUCCACGGUGUGUUCUUCAGCUGCAACACCGAGUUCAACACUGGCCAGCCCCCCCAGGACUCCCCCUAUGGCCGCUGGCGCUUCCAGAUCCCCGCCCAGCGCCUCUUCAACCCCAGCACCAACCUCUACUUUGCAGACUUCUACUGUAUGUACACCGCCUACCACUAUGCCAUCCUGGUUCUGGCACCCAAGGGUUCCUUGGGGGACCGCUUCUGCCGUGACCGCCUGCCCCUCCUGGACAUUGCCUGCAACAAGUUCCUGACCUGCAGUGUGGAGGAUGGGGAGCUAGUCUUCCGCCAUGCCCAGGACCUCAUCCUGGAGAUAAUCUACACCGAGCCGGUCGACCUGUCCCUGGGCACCCUGGGGGAGAUCAGUGGGCAUCAGCUCAUGAGCCUGUCCACUGCCGAUGCCAAGAAAGACCCCAGCUGCAAGACCUGCAAUAUCAGUGUGGGCCGCUAGGGACUCCUGGGGAGCUGGGGAGCUAGGGAGAGAUGAGAGGGUAGAGAUGGGUGGCUUAGGUUCAGGGAGCUGGCUUUCUCUCCCCUGCCCCCUGCUCUCCACUCUGUCUGUCCACCCCUCUCCCUUUGGCAAUAGAGGCAACAGAUGGCGGUCCUCUUUAUUAGGGUGGCCCAAUCCAGGCCCCGUGGACUUGGGAGGGCUUUCCAGCCUCAGUAGGUUGGCAGGUGGGCUGCAUUUCCAGAGAAUUCUCCCUUCCUCCGGUUUCCCUCUCCCUUUCAUGACUCAUCCGGGCCUCCACCUCCCAGAAUCCUACCCACCUCCCGGGCUCUCCCAAGAAGCCUCUCUGGGCCAAAGCCCACAUGUAGCCUGGCUGUUUCCAUGGAGACAGAGAGCUGUGGGGCAUCUCUUCCUUAGCCCCACCUACCCCACUCAGGGCCACCCCAGGAAGCCCCCUCCCUGCUGAGUUGGGCCUGGGGGUUUCCCACUCCAGGCCAGGACCCUCCCUCUAUAAAUAGUCACCCGCACUGCUCUCACACCCUGG